AUGUCCUUCCCGUCACACAUCAAAGCCGUCGGCAUCCACAAGACGGGCGACUUCGACGUGAUCGAGAACCUGACGUUGCCGUUCCCAGAGAAUGCACCCGGCAAUGUACUCAUGCACUACGGCGGUGUCAACUUCAUUGAUACGUACUUUAGGAAGGGACUCUAUAAGAUCGACCAAUUCCCAUACGUGCUUGGCACAGAAGGCGCGGGCACCGUUGCUGCGCUCCCGUCCGAUCCCAGCGUCGUAAACGAUGAGGAGUUCAAGAAGCGGGGGUUAAAGGUUGGAUCGAAAGUGGCUGCUUACGCCGGCAACGUCGGAACAUUCGCUGAAUACGCGAGCAUCCCUUGGACCAAGGUCUUCCCCGUCCCCGAGUCCGUGUCGCUCCAGACCGCCGCGGGCCUGUUCGUCCAGGGCCUAACCGCCCUCACAUUCAUCACGGAGUCGUACAACGUCCAGCGGGGGGAUUACAUCCUCGUGCAUACCAUCGCGGGCGGGCUCGGCCUGCAGUUCGCGCAGCUGCUGAAGGAGCGCGGCGCGAUCGUGAUCGGGACGACGUCGACUAAAGAGAAGGCGGAGCUCGCGAAGAGCUACGGCGCGGACCACGUUAUCCUGUAUAAGGACGAAAAUGUGGUUGAGCGGGUGCUGGAGAUCACGAAGGGCGAGGGCGUACAUGCUGUGUUUGACGGAGUGGGGAAGGAUACCUUUGAGGAUAACUUCAAGAUGCUCCGCCGCAAGGGUACGCUCGUGUCCGUCGGGAACGCAUCGGGCGCCGUUCCGCCGUUCCCGCCAUUGAAGCUCGUGGAGAAGAACCUCAAGCUACUCCGACCUACGAUGGGCAACUACGUCUACACGGCCGAGGAGGGACGCUUCUACUCCUCUGAGCUCUUCCGCUUCUCCUCCGAGGGCAAGCUCAAGGUGCAGGUCCACAAGGAGUACUCGCUCACGAGCGAGGGCGUGCAGCAGGCGCAGAAGGACCUGACUGGCGGGCAGACGGUCGGUAAGCUGCUUGUCAAGAUUGCUGACGAAGAGUGA